AUGGCAGACCACACAUACACCUUCAACAUCAAGAUGAGCUGCGGCGGCUGCUCCGGCGCCGUCGAGCGUGUGCUAAAGAAGCUGGACGGCGUCAAGUCGUUCGAGGUCAGCCUCGAUGCGCAAAACGCCCAGGUUAUCACCGAGCCCUCUGUUUCCUACGAGGAUGUCCUGGUCGUCAUCAAGAAGACCGGCAAGACGGUCACCAAGGGCGAGGCCGACGGCGUCGAGAUGGCUGUUUGA